CCACGGCGUGACAUUAAGGUGAAGCUGCAAUAUCUCAAGGACGAUCCAAUAUAUGCCAAAGAGAAGCCAUUGCAGAUAACGCCCAACUUCGCUGACAAAGACAAUAAGACAAAUGUCACAUUAGCGCCUGGCCCGUUCGAAACAAUUCAUGAUGUUCGCGGUCGACAAGAAAAGUUCUCCUUAGAUGGCAAUGGCUUUCUUUACGUCAAAGCACCAACAAGCUUCACGAAUUGGUCUUCACAAGCAGCCAUCGGGAAGGACUAUCUGCCAGAAUUGGAAGUUCUGCUCAGGCGUGAAGUCGAAGGCUGCGAUGAGAUCAUGUUCUACGAUGCUCGCAUACGACAUUCAGACGACAGUGGUCUUCGUGUGGAAGGCCUGAGUUACAAUCCAUUCGCAAAACAAGUCCACGCCGACAAUACCGAACGGAGCGUCCUUGCAAAAAUCAGAAACCUGACUGAAAUGAAGGCCGACUAUCUGCUGAGCGGACGAGCCAGGAUCAUCAACAUCUGGAGGCCGAUCAAGCAUCCAGUGUUUGACUGCGGACUCGCUGUUGUCGAUGCAGGCAAGCUUCAGGAUGGUGAUAUCUUG